GCCAGGGCACCGCGCUGCCGCGGUCCGCGCCUCCCCCAGUCCCCAUGGUUACAGCUCCUGCUUCCCGGCCGGUCCUUCAUUCCCCUGGCUGUUGCUGCAGAAAUCAGGCGCGCAGGCGGCUGGCGUCCCCCAACCCAGAGCUGGAAACUGCCUGCAGAGUGCGCAUUGGAUGCCUGCUCUUCUCCGCUCUUCUCGGCUCUGACUCACUCCCUCCGGGUGCAGAGCUCUGUCCCCAGCGCAGUGCUCUGGCCGCUGCCAGGCGCCAGGCUGCAGCCCUGCAAUCUGUUGAUAACUCCACUCACAAGCUCCCGUCUAAUGCCUUUCGUCAUAGAAAGCUGUCCCCUAGCACGAGGGACAUGCCACAUCUUGCCUAUGAGAAGCGUGAGACCUGUGCCUCUCCAGCUGCCUUUACCAAAAUAGGUGAGAAGUUGGUUGGCUUCCUCCUGGUGUCUGAGAAGGGAAGGGAAGGAGUUGCGCUUGUGGCCAAGCUCCUGGCCGGCCAAGGUAUCCACUCAUAAGGGCCAUUGCUGGAGCAGAAACGCUGGAAGGGGUUCGACCGCUCAUGACGUUGGGAAAGGUGGAUUCUGAAUAACUUUGGGUGGGUCAGCCUGCAGGUCCUCGUCCAUCCUGUCACAGUCACUCUGAGGGAGCCUUCCCAGGAACUCCACUGUGACUCUGUUUGGGACUUGACCUUCCAGAUGGCCAUGGAGGCUAGAGGGGAGAAGGGCGCAACAUAGUGGUCUCUGUCAGCAACCCUGCCGGUGCUCUUGCCUCCCUAACUCUGCAGGGCUCAUGGUCUACAUGCCCAGAAACGUCUCAGAGCUACCUCUCUGUCAGAUAGAGCUUUUCUGAUCUCAACAUUCCCCUCAACUAUCCACACUAAGAAGGCAGCUACCAGCCCAGAAGGAAAUCUCCAUAACACUCUUCAAAAUGCCUUUCUUCAAAUCUCUUCAUGAUUUCACCACCCCAUGUAUCUCUCUAAAAAGAAAAUCACAGCAAACCAGAUUCAUGUAACAUCCAGCUGGUGUUUUGAGAAACUGAGUGACUUACCUUCUGCUUUUCCCGUGGAAGGCUGAUCCAUCAAUAAGAUCCAGUUACCACUGAAAAGACAGGCAAGGAAAUGCAUCGGGCUCUCUCGAAACCAGCCUGGGUUGGCCCAGAACCAGAGAAGCAGGCAGCACCGAGAAGAACAAGAAAGUAACUAUGCCGAGCACAGUGACUCAACACUGGUGACUCCAGAACUUGAGAAGCUGAGGCAGUGACAGAGUGAGACCCUGUCACAAAACAAAACCAAACAAAACCACAGAUGGAGAUGAGGAAGACUACCCAGGAAGACUAAGUGGAAGGAAGAACCAAGGCUGAGGAGAUGACUCAGUGGGAUUUAAAGACUGUCCUCUCCCUGCCCCAGUACCCAGGGGAGUUCCUGCACCCCGUGGUGUAUGCCUGCACAGCGGUCAUGCUCCUGUGCCUCCUUGCCUCCGUCAUCACCUACGUCCUGCAUCAGAGUGCCAUCCGGAUAAGCCGGAAAGGCCGGCAUGCGCUCCUCAACUUCUGCUUCCACGCAGCUCUGACCUUCACCGUGUUUGCUGGUGGCAUCAAUCGCACCAAACACCCAAUCCUGUGCCAAGCGGUGGGCAUUGCACUGCACUAUUCUACGCUUUCUACCAUGCUGUGGAUCGGGGUGACUGCCAGGAACAUCUACAAACAGGUGACCAAGAAGGCCCUGCCAUGCCCAGGUGUGGACCAGCCACCGUACGCCAAGCAGCCCUUGCUCAGGUUCUACCUCAUCAGCGGAGGGGUGCCUUUCAUCAUCUGUGGGGUCACAGCUGCCACAAACAUCAGAAAUUAUGGGACCGAGGAUGAGGACAUGGCCUACUGCUGGAUGGCCUGGGAACCCAGCCUGGGCGCAUUCUAUGGGCCGGCUGCCUUCAUUGCCCUGGUCACCUGCAUGUACUUCCUCUGCACCUACGUGCAGCUGCGGCGUCACCCGGAGCGCAGAUAUGAGCUCAGAGAGCGCACUGAGGAGCAGCAGCGGCUGGCAGUACCAGAGAGCAGCCAUCGCCACGGGGUGCGUCCAGGCACACCGCCCCCCUGUGAGGCCCUGGCUGCCUCCCAGCUGCAGAACGAGCACUCCUUCAAGGCCCAGCUUCGUGCUGCCGCCUUCACACUGUUCCUGUUCACAGCCACAUGGACCUUUGGGGCCCUGGCCGUGUCUCAGGGCCACUUCCUGGACAUGAUCUUCAGCUGUCUGUAUGGGGCCUUCUGCGUGACCCUGGGACUCUUCGUACUUAUCCACCACUGCGCCAAGCGAGAGGACGUGUGGCAGUGCUGGUGGUCCUGCUGCCCCUCUCGGGGAGAUACCUCUGCCACCAAGCCCAGUGCCCACCCUACCCUUGACGCCAAUGGGGAUGCGCUGGUGCACACCGCCUGCCUGCAGGACUCACCAUGCCCGGGAAAACUCAGAGGCUUUGGCCAUCCACCAGCCAGCCACUGCAAAAUGACCAACCUGCAGGCUGCCCAGGGCCAUGUCAGCUGUCUGUCACCGGCCACCCCCUGCUGUGCCAAGAUGCACUGUGAGCAGCUGAUGGAGGAGGAGGCCCAUGUGCACAUGGCCGAGGAGGGUGCCUUUCCGCAUGAUCCCCACCUGCACGACCCUCACCUGCACAGGUGCCUCAAGGGCAGAACUAAGCCCCACUACUUCAGCCGGCACCAGGCAGCUGCAGCCGAGAGGGAAUAUGCCUACCACAUCCCCUCCAGCCUGGAUGGCAGCCCCCACAGCUCCCGUACGGACAGCCCCCCCAGCUCUCUUGAGGGCCCAAUGGGGGUGCACACCUUGGCCUGUUGCGCCCAGGCAGACCCCUUCCCCAUGGUCAGCCAGCCUGAAGGUGGAGACACAAGCCCUGGCCUCUACGGCUGUCCCUCACGGCUGUCCCCAGGCCCAGCCCACUUGGAGAUGCUACGGAGGACACAGUCCCUGCCUUUUGGGGGCCCCAGCCAGAAUGGGCUGCUCCAGGGUGAUGUUCGAGAAGGCCUGCCGUUUGGCACUGAUGGGACAGGGAACAUCAGAACAGGACCCUGGAAAAAUGAAACUACAGUGUAGCCAGGUUGGGAACACAACUCCUUCACUAGUGCCACCAUUAGUCCCUGGAGGAGCUUCAGAGCAGAGAGCAGCC